AUGACAAUACUGGCCUCUUCGCUCUUUCUGCUCCUUGCUCUGUUGACGGUGCAGACAGUGGCUCAGCCUCCUGCAGACCCGCUCCGGAACUUCUGCAGGAGGUAUGGCCACCAGACUGCGGUGAUUGAUCGAAAACUUUACAUUGAUGGUGGCUGGCUAUACGCGAAUCCCAUUUCACAGAAUCCCAUACCCACAAUGAAUGAAGGUCUCCUGUAUUGUGAUCUAGACUACUCAUACCAAGACAUGCCCCCGGAAUAUGCGAAUCUGACAAAGAACUCCUCGAUCCCGGAUGUUGCAGGAGGCACGUUAUGGCAAGACGAGGUCAAUAAAGUCUUCUGGUUGUACGGAGGCGAAUUCCAAGCCGCGCCGUCCACGUUUCAACUCUGGGGUUACGACGUGAUCUUGAACCAGUGGAAUCUGUCCUCUCCGACCCUUGGAUCCACGUCGCCGAUUCAGAGGGUGUCUUACGGAGCUGGUGUGGCCAGCAGUGAGAUUGGAAUGGGCUUUUACUAUGGUGGCUACCUCAACAACCUGACCAAUCCUUUAUGGACAGGGCCGCAAUGGGCAACAAGCAACCUGAUCGUCUACGACAUGGAUCAAAAUACUCUUACCAACUAUAGUGGUUAUGAUAAUAUCGGCAGGGCCGAGGGAAUCAUGGUGUACAUUCCAGCAUCUAUCAGAGGUUUACUUGUAUAUUUCGGUGGAGUUACCUUCCCCUAUGGCAAUGAAACCGAAGUUGCGGUAUGUGAGGCCAAAUGGUACACCCAGACAGCCACAGGGACCAUUCCGGAAAUGCGUCGCAAAUUCUGCGGCGGUGUGACGUGGGCGGAUGACCAGACUUCCUAUAAUAUUUAUCUCUAUGGCGGAUUCGGGUUUGGAGAAAACGCAACAGGCUUCGACGAUGUCUACAUUCUGACCAUGCCUACCUUCGAAUGGAUCAAAUGGUACCCUGAUAACCCAGGCCCUGGCUCGCCGCAUGGGCUGCUUACCUGUAACGUGAUCGACAGAGGGCAAAUGAUAGUCAUGGGAGGCAAUUUUACGAAUACCACGGCUUGCGACGUGCCCGCAAGCCAGGGCCAGCAUAACCUGAAUCUAGGCCAAUAUGACAGCACGGACGCCAAAUGGUAUGCCUAUCUACCGAAUCUCACAGAGUACUUUGUCCCCCCAGCGAUCCUGCAAGUGGCGGGUGGCACACCUGAAGGCGGAGCCAUUCAGAAGGCUCCAACGAAUGGAUGGGACGACGAUCGACUGUCGGUCUAUUUCGGGGAGAAAGCUGUCUUCACCUCGCGGACACCGACGCGGGCCCUCCCCACAGCGACAGCGACAUCUCCCUCCCCAAAACCGUCUCCCCCUUCUCCAAGCAAGAAGACCAAUAUUGGAGCGAUUGUCGGCGGCGCCGUGGCAGGUACUGUGGCGUUGUUGCUCGCGAUCGGGAUCGCGUGCCUCUGCGUGAGAAGGCACAAGAAGGCGAAGAACAACCAACCUAACCCAGCAGCGGGAGCAACGCCCGUCCCAGGCGCAGCGCAGCCUUUCCCUCCGACCUCGCCGCGAGCCCAAUAUGUGAUCAAUGAGAAGCACUCGACGACCGUCGCCUCACCCGGCUCGACCAGCAGAGUCGGCUCGCCGAGCGACCAGCAGCACUCGUCGCAAUACAGCACGCCUCCUCCGCCCCCGUCGCAGCACCCUGAGUAUCCGAGCUACUACUACGCGGCGGCUCCUGCCCCUGGCGGGCCUGGCAGCCAGCCGACGACGCAUUAUUACCCCGUGGUGGUGGCCUCCGGUCAGCAGCACCAGCAGCCGUACGCCUAUCCGGCGGUGCAGGGAGCGGUGCCAAUGCCGAUGCCGAUGCCGUUCUAUCCGCCGCCGCCGGAGCCAAGUCGCAUGGAGAGCCACGAGAUGCCGACCGUGCGCAGUCCCGAGAUCAUCCAGGUCCACCAGCCCAGACCGCUGAGGCCCCCGGAGGGUCUCGGGGAAUAA